UGUUGAACGUGGCGGCGGGCAAGGCGCCCAUGCAGAGCAGCACGGAGGUGGUUCCGCAGCGAGCCGUCGACGGCAGCACCAGCGCCGCCUUCAGCGCGUCCACGUGCUCGCUGACGCGGCCCGAGCGCGCGCCCUGGUGGUACGUCAACCUGCUGGAGCCCUACAUGGUGCAGCUGGUGCGCCUCGACUUCGGCAAGUCCUGCUGCGGCCAGCAAGGCGCCGCCACGGUGGUCGUGCGCGUGGGCAACAGCCGGCCCGACCUGGGCUCCAACCCCAUCUGCAACCGCUUCACGGGCCCGCUCACCGAGGGCCGGCCGCUCUUCCUGCCCUGCAACCCGCCCAUGCCGGGCGCCUUCGUCUCCUGCUACGCCUUCCACAGCCGCACGGCGCUGCCCUUCCGCGAGGCCCUGGCCUACUGCCGCGCGCGCGGCGGCACGCUCGUGGACGAGAGCAACCCGGCGCUGCAGGGCUUCAUCAGCUGGGAGCUCUGGCGCAGGCACAGGAGCGACUCGGGCAGCCAGUACUGGCUGGGCGCGGUGCGCGACCCGGCCGACCGCAACAACUGGAAGUGGCUGGGCGGCGGCGACGUGACGGUGUCCUUCUGGAACCUGCCGGGCGGCGACCAGGACUGCGCGCGCUACGACGGCGCCAAGGGCUGGCUAGCCGACGGCGUGCGGCCGGCCCGAGCAGCCGCCCAACUCGACGCUGGCGGCGCCGGCUGGCUUCGCCGUGGGCGCGGAGGUGCGCGUGGCGUGCGACCCGGGCCACCUGCUGGUGGGGCCGGCGCUCCGCUCCUGCCUGCCCACGGGCUUCUACGACGAGUUCCCGCCCGUCUGCAAGCGGGUGGAGUGUGGGCUGCCGGCGAGCAUCGCGCACGGCUUCUACCAGCUGCUGGACGCGGGGUCGGUGGGGCUGGGCGCGCGCGUGCGCUACGCCUGCGACGAGGGCUUCGCGCUGCGCGGCCGCGCGCUGCUCACCUGCGACGCCGA